ACGGCGGCUGAAGAGGGAAAUGUGGGCGCGGGCGGUGAAGCUGGGCCUACGGUCCUGGGUGGGCUGGCGCCGGGGCUUCACCUCCAAGGCGGAUCCUCAGCGUAGUGGCAGGGUCACGGCCGAGGUGAUCGAACACCUGGAGCGUCUAGCCCUUGUGGACUUCGGCAGCCUAGAGGCUGUAGCACGGUUGGAGAAAGCCAUCGCCUUUGCCGACCGGCUCCGCGCCGUGGACACGGACGGGGUGGAGCCCAUGGAAUCAGUACUGGAGGACAGAUGUCUAUACUUGAGAUCUGACAAUGUGGUAGAAGGCAACUGUGCUGAAGAACUACUACAAAACGCCCAUCGAGUUGUGGAGGAGUAUUUUGUAGCCCCCCCAGGUAAUAUCUCUUUGCCAAAGCAGGAUGAACAAGAGCCUUUUUCACACAUCUGAGUAGCUAUUCUGGGAAUGGGUACCCUGUGAACACGUGGAAGCCCAAAGAUAGUAUUUUGUUACUGUGAACAGUAAUGUUCCAACUUUCUUCAGUCACCUGAAAAAAAACUGAUGGUUAAGUAUUUUUUAAUAACUCUCUGAAGACAAAAUUGGGAAAUAAUCUAGCCAAAACAAGGCAAUGAGUUCCUACUGCUACUGGAAGAGGUAUUGUUACUUUCCAAGUAUUUAUUCACAGACUGUUCAGUAUGUAAGAUGUUAAUCCUCCUUUAUCUCCUCUAGAGACUAUCUACCAAACUGCACUUAAGUGAAUUUUUCUGUUGAUGUAACUAUUAGACAGUGCAUCUGAUCACUA